AUGCUGUUCUACUCGUACUUCAAGACGCUGGUCGGGAAGGAAGUGAGCGGUGCCCUGGCAUUAGGGAUAGGGCCUCCGAGGGCUGGCGGCAGCUCAGGCUGGAAGACAGCAGUGCUACCGAAGCAGCGCAUGCGCCCGAUGCUGCCGAUGCUUCUGCUGGCGCUCAAGCUGCUGCACCUGCGUGCUGCAGACGAGGUCACCGUCGAGCUGAAGAAUGACCUGGCCAUCACGGGGGUGCUGCACUCUGUGGACCAGUAUCUCAAUAUCAAGCUCACAUCCACGCGGGUGGUGGACGAGGCAAAGUACCCCCAUAUGAUGUCCGUCCGCAACUGCUUCGUCCGCGGCUCCGUAGUCCGCUACGUGCACCUACCCCCUGGCAGCGUAGAUGUGGAGAUUCUGCACGACGCAACGCGCAGGGAGGCCAAGGGCGCGUGA